AUGGACGCUUAUCAAUUUGGUCGGAUCCCAACGAAGCCUACAGCACAGAUAUGCUAUAGGUUUGAUCGUGCCCCUCAAACACCGGACCCGCAUCUACUAGUCUUUGUCAACGGCCUCGGCUUGCCACAGGUGGGGUGGGGUCCAACUAUUUCGGGAUUGAAGGAAUUGCGCAAGGCAGCUGUUUUGCCUCACAUUUUAACCUACGACCGCUUCGGCCAAGGCCUUACAACUGAUCGUGAUCCAGAAGAUGUUUCUGCAUCUGAUGCUUCCCAUGGUCAUGACUGUCUCAGUGCGGUGAAAGACUUACGCCAGUUAGUUGCAACCAUCGCCAAGACGGAGCUUGAACUUUCGGAGACAGACAACAUACCAUUAAUCCUCGUCGCAAACUCCAUCGGUUGUGCAAUUGCUCGUCUUUACGCCCAAGAGUAUCCCGGCACUAUCGCAGGCUUGCUACUUCUAGAUAGCGUCCUUGCAAAUUCCGACUUUAUCUCUAUUUAUCCAGAUCCAGAUGCAGACGGUUUCGACACCAACAGUCUGCCUGACGGCAUAACGAGCGAUGCACUCAGAUCCUGUCGCGAAUCCGUCCGCAAAGUAUUUCACCCCAGUGUCGGUAGCCGAGAGGGUUUGAGUAGAAAGAACCUCUCGGUGCUUCUGCCCGCAAGCGACUCUCCUGUUCUCGAAGGACCGGGGCUUCGUGGACCGUGGGUCACAGUUGUCGGACACGACUUUGAAACUUUUGCGGAGGAAUCUGAGAAAAUGGGCCAUCCUAGGCUUCUGACCCAAACAUAUGUGAACCCCUACUGGCACGCAUAUAAUCAAGGUCUUGUCAAGAUCACGGAGGCUGGAAAGUCAAAGGGUCCGCUGCAGGCUCCCAACGCUGGGCAUUUUGUGCAGAGGGAUAACCCUGACUUUGUCGCAAAGGAGUUGAAUGAACUGCUUUCUAAAAUCAUGUAA